GUUCCGUUGGGAUUGCCGUCAGUGGUUUUAGAGAAACUAGUGAAGAUAUGGAUGUUUGGGCGGUUUUCUUGCAGUGCUCAUCACACCUUUGCUACAGCAGGACGAGUAUUAACGCCAUGGGGAAUCGCGCUGCUUCACGUAUCUACUGGGCUGCAACUAUCGCGGCCAAAUCGUCUUUCGAAGUAUGAGGGAGCCCUAUCGUUACUUGCAUUUGUAUCGAUGUUAUUUUUGACUUUUAUAUCCGUUGUUCCCGAAGGAAUUGCUGCACAGUUGGAAUUGAUCCAAAAAGACGAAAUUGAAGGAGAACAAUAUAUCAUGCUGAUUCACACCUAUCGCUGUUUGAGCCGAGAAUCAACAAUGGGUGUAACAAAAAUCGCAUUCGAGUUUGUGUUGCCUCUACUAUUAUGCACACUCAUGCAAAUAUGGAUGCGAGUCGUAAAAAAUCUCAAUUUUCAAUCGGUCAUAUCAAGAAGCUUGUUAACCAUUUUACUCAUACACUUCGUCUGCUAUAUCCUACAUUACAUUCCAGUAGCAGGAAGGGAUUUUCUUCAAUCUUUGAUGCCAAGUGAACUCAACCUACGACAGAUUUUACCAUUUCUUGCAUCUACGGUGGUGUGGUAUCCGUUGAGCCAGCUCUCAGCCGCACUCUGUCGUUCCACUUUGGAUAAAACUAAUGGCGAUCGACUGCACGUUUGUGCCAUUGGCAGAACAACAGAGUUGGAGCGGUCACAGUUAAUGGGUUCUGAAGUUGUUCUUUAA